GAAAUACCCCACUAAUUCGAAAAAAAAACUUUGAACGCAACGCACGGACGCUGCGCUGCCGACGGAAAUCGCGAAGGGCGGAUGAGUGCUGCGCGAGUUUAAUGGAAUAGUUUGCAAUUCAGUGUUCGCCCGUUUCCGCCUCCGCUGCCUCCCGAAAGGCCCAAAGGACAUUCGACGCAGUUUCCGCGAGGGAAAUGCAGCUCCAGUGAUGAGACCGCAGAGUCACGCGUGUGGAGAGCACGAAAAGUGAGAAGAAAGAGAAGGCGAGAAGCGUAGCGACAAAAACAACAAAGGCAACGAGAGGCAUUUAAACGAAAUCCGCAAAAAGUGUUAAAAUCAGUAAUGUGCAUUUAGCAGUUUGCCAAAAACAAAUUGCACUGCUUUCGCUUCUUUGUUUUGUUUGGUUUGCCUCGCACGCGCUAGUGUGUGAGCCAGUGUGAGUGUGUUUGUUUGUGUGCGAGCGAGAGCAAGGACAACAAGAAAGAGGAGAAGCAGAGGGAGAGGAGAGGGAUCAGGAGGAGAGGAAGCAACAACUGUGGAGCUGCAGCUGGAAAAAAACACUCUCCUGCGAUGGACACGUUUCGCAAAUGGCUGAACAAACCCAAGGCUGAUGACAAAUCACUGCUGGCCCGCUUCUUUCAUGCGGAUCGAUCCCUCACAGCGGUGGCCAGCGAAUUGGACAGCUUCGAUGGACGAGCGGAACCGGAUAGAUGCACCAGACUGGUCAGCAGAUUGCGACAGAAUCAGGACAAAGUGCUGGCCAUCACGAACUUGAUAAUGGAGGAGCUGCUCGGCGAAGAUCGCGAUCCUCGCGCCUUUCGCGCCAAGUUUCCCGAGGAGGUGCUGCAGGAGAAUCUGGCCGGGCAGCUGUGGUUCGGCGCCGAGUGCCUGGCGGCUGGGUCCUCGAUCAUGAACCGGGAGUCGGAGAGCAAGGAGAUGCGCCCCUUGGCCCAGGCGGUGACCAAGAGCCUGGGCAAUGUGCGUGUGCUGCUCAGGGAUCAGUGUCUGAAGAACAAUGUACCGAAUAGCAAGACACUGCAUCUGGAUCUGAAUGAUUCCACCACUGAGCAGCUGUACGAGAGUCUAAAGAUCUUCGACCGACUCUUUGCCGAGUUCGAAUUGAGCUAUGUGAGCGCCAUGGUGCAGGUGAAGUCGCGUCAUGAGUACGAGAUGCAGCAGUGGAUAGGUGUGCUCUUCUCGGAGACACUGCAGCGAGCUCUGAAGAUCGGACUGCUCGACCAGGACAUGGUGGAUGCCUUCGAUCCGGGCCUGAUGUUCUCCAUUCCGCGGCUGGCCAUUGUUGCCGGUUUGGUGGUCUAUGCCAAGGGACCACUUAACAUGGAUAUGCCCGGUGAUCAGCUCUCCGAGAUGUUCCGUCCCUUCCGCACCAUUCUCAUCAAGAUUCGCGAUCUCCUGCGCAACCUCAACAACCAGGAACUGUAUCAGCUGGAGAAGCUGCUGUGCACCAAUGAGGAUAUCAACACUAAGGUGCCCCUUGGUUCCAGCAGCAUUGAGGCGCCCAGUCCGGAGCACAGCUCCAAUCCUACGACGAGCAGCAGUCAAAACCACACCAACAACAACAUCAGUAGCACAGCCACCACCACAGCAACCACGGGGACAACGAAUACGCACAGGACUGUGGAGCGGCUGGUGGAUCAGCGAAACAACAAUAAUAGCAACAUUAGUACCACUCCCGUCGUGGAGGAAGCUACAUUGCGCUCUCCGUCCAUGUUGUCGCUGUCGCCCACCAGCACGCCCACCGCCUCGCCCGCCCCCUCGCCCACGCCCUCGCACUCGAUAGCCUCCACUUCAUCGGCGGCCACCAGCUCCACAAAUCCCCCGGCGGACUGGAGCGAUGGCGAUGAUGAGGAGGACGAGGAUGACGAGGAUAUCGAUGAGGAUGAGGAGGAUCUAGAAAGCAGCGACGAUGACACGGACGAGGAGCAGCUGCUCAAGGACAUUGUGGCCGCUGACUGUGCCUCCGGUUACCUCAUACCCAACACCAAUUUAGGGAAUUUGCUGCAGCCCCAGGAGGUUCCUCUCACGGACAACUUCGUGGCCAGCGAAGAUGACGAGUACGGAACGGGGGAGCAGCACCAGGGUCGCGCCGCCGAGGAGGAGGAGGAGGAGCCCAGCACCAGUGCUGCCAUGCUGGCGGCCACCCGCACUUUGCAGCGGCUGCGCCUGCCCAGCAGCGACAGCACCGAUCCUCUGGCCGAGCCCACGACAAUCAAGGCGUCCGAGGAGCAGAUGCAGCAGCCAGCCCUGUCCAGCGGACGUCACAGUCAGCGGUAUCAUCAACGGCACCACCAUCACCACCAGCACCACCAUCAUCAUCACCAGCAUCACUCACAUCAGCAGCACCACCACCGGCAGACGCAUCCCCAUCCGCAUCGCACAACGCGCAGUGGUCGCAAGCGUUGCAGCCUGGAGGCGCCGGAGGCGGAGGCCAGUCAGCCGGAGAGGGAGCAGAACCUGGCCAGCGGCGAUACCAGUGCCGCCUCCUCGCUUUCGGACGACGUGUCGCUGGCCAUGCGCAACACCACGGCGCGGCUCAAGUUCAAGAGCACCGAGAACCUGCUGCACCGCCUGUUUGUCUGCAUCGCCGGCGUUGCUGACCAGCUGCAAACGAACUUCGCCUCCGAUCUGCGCCAGAUUCUGCGCAGCGUGUUCCUCAUGAACAUGUCGUCCGCCCAGGAGGAGAUCGACAUACCGGAAAAGACAAAGGAGUCGGAGCUGUUCGAGUUCCGGGCCUCCGAGAACGAUGUGAUACAGGAGAGCGCCGGCUCCAACCAAAGCAUUUACUCAGCGGAGGAGGUGAAUCCCGAGCUGGACAAUGUGUUCAGCGCCGGUGGUGGUCAGGCCACUGGCCAGCGCCAUUCCGCCGGCGCCAGUAUGCAGCGAAAUAAUACCAUCGAUCUGGCGAGUCAGCCUGCUAGCGAAGGAGGAAGUCCCAGUGGAGCAGCGAUGGUUACGAGCCGAUCACAUGUGACGCGCAGCCGGAGUCUCGGGGAUCAGGAGGCGGCCAGUUCGGUAGCCAGUUUGCGUCAGCAGGAGCAGCAAGAGCAGCAGCAGCAGUUGCAGAUUCAGCUGCAGCGGCAGCGCAACAAUUCCGUGGGCAGCAACACGCCCUCCAGCGCCUCCUCCACGAGCUCCAGCUCCGAGCAGAAUUCCCCGGUGAGCGCCCCAAGGAGCGGCAGUCGCCGGCGCCUGCAGAGCAACAACGAAACCCAGAUGCCCUCGUCGGCCACACUGUCGCCGCCCGCUUGGAUUCCCGACGGCAAGGCACCGCGUUGCAUGGCCUGCCAGACGCCCUUCACUGCCUUCCGGCGGCGUCACCAUUGUCGCAACUGCGGCGGCGUCUUUUGCGGCGUCUGCUCGAAUGCCUCAGCUCCGCUACCUAAAUACGGACUGACCAAGGCGGUGCGCGUCUGCCGCGAUUGCUAUGUGCGCGAGGUGCGCUCGGGAAUCCAGGGCGUCGGCGUCCAGGGAGUCCAGAGUGUCCAGAGCGUCCAGGCCUCCGCCUCUUAGGAUUGGCCAAUGGCGCUAGCCGGCGCAGCUGACGACCAAAAUGGAGGAAAAGCAAACUGUGAAUCGCAAUUGUUCCGCAAACAUUGUUUUCUUUAUUUUAUACGUAAUCCUAAUCCUAAUGAUAAUCCCAAUCCCAUGCAAGGGGGCCACAUGACCACAGCCAGGGCUCGCGCAUAUAGAUCGUAUAUAUAUUAAAUAUAUAUAUAACCAAUAGCUAUAUAUAUUUU